AUGUGCACCGGUGACUUGUACACUUCUCAACCGAAUCUCAUCAAUUAUGCCUUGAAUAUUCUGCCACAACUCUCUCGCCGGUUGCCAUUCCGCGAGGUCUACCGUAUUCGACGCGUCGCGUUCAACGUCAUGCAACCAGUGUCUUGUAUGGAAUCCCCACCGGCCGACGGUGUCUUGUUGGAAGAGCUCGACGAACUCUGUUUAGCAUGCACUGGUGUCAUUUCGACCACCUGUAGAUCAAAAAUAAAUACGGUUACAGUAAUCCAGGCCACUUACCGUACUACGAGACUCCGUCGUGUCACCGCCCGAAUCGUUCAUCUCAUCGAUUAG